CAUGGUCCUCGAUGUGUACACUAAGCCCAAAGAGUACAACCCCAUGGAGCGACACUCACUCACUUCACAGCCUAAAUUCUAGGGUUUGCAUAACUCAAAGUCACAAGUCACAAAACACAAAUCACAAAUCACAAAUCACAAAUCACAAUACGAUCGACAGAGAAAUCCAGAGAAGAAAAUUUGGAAUUGUAAUGGCUGGGAAAGAAGAGAACCGUAUAUUUGUUGGAGGGUUGUCGUGGGACGUCACCGAACGACAGCUGGAAAACACUUUCAGCCGUUUCGGCAAAAUUAUUGAAUCUCAGAUUAUGUUGGAAAGAGAUACAGGCCGGCCACGUGGAUUUGGGUUUAUUACCUAUGCAGACCGUAGGGGAAUGGAAGAUGCAAUCAGAGAGAUGCAUGGACGGGAUUUUGGUGAUCGGAUCAUUUCAGUGAACAAGGCCCAACCCAAAAUGGGGGAGGAUCCAGACCAUGGCUACAAUGGAGGUUACUCAUCAGGUGGCAGGGGAAGCUAUGGGGGAGGAGAUAGAUCUGCAGGCCAAGAUGACUGCUUCAAGUGUGGUCGCCCUGGGCAUUGGGCAAGGGACUGCCCUUCAUCAGGUGGUGGCCGAGGUAGAGGUGGUGCUCCGUUUCCUUCACGUUCUAGGUUUAGUGGUGGUCGUGGGGACCGCUUUGGCGGGGAACGGGAUCGGUACAUGGAGGAUCGUUAUGAUGGGGGACGCUAUGGAGAUAGAGAUCGUUUUGAGAGCAGAGACAACAAAUAUGGCACCCGUGAUCGCUAUGUCAAUGACAGGUAUGCACCCAGUGGAGAUCGAUUCUCAGGCGAUAGGUAUGGUGGUUCAGAUCGUUACCCUCAAAAUGGUUAUGGCAAAGACAGAGGCUAUGAUCGGGAUGCUGCCCCAAGAGGGGGUGGGGACAGGUAUGCAGGUGGGGGUUCAGCACGUAAUGAGGGUAGGAGCUACAGGAACAGGCCAGGUCCUUAUGACCGCCCUAACAGAGGAGGGCGCCCCUCGUCGUUCGACCGCUAUUAGACAUUCGAAGACUGCUUUGUGUUAACAAGAAACUUCUUGACAUAAGUAUAUGCUAGGUACCCUGUUUUUGGCUGUCUGUUUAUGUAGGAUGAUGCAGUUGUAACAAGCAGCAGGAUUGAUAGUUGCAGUCUUGAUUUAUUAUUGCCAGUUUGCUCCCUUUUUCCUGGUUGACAUCCAAUGGAUCCUUUAAAUUUACAUGGAGCAAUGGAAAGGGAAAUUGGGAAUCUUCAAAUA